UUUCUUUUUUCAAUACGUUUGCUUCCGCUUAACUGUUUCCGUUCAUAGAGCUGCUAGUGUACAGUAUGCAGCAAAGGGAAGAGAAACAGCUGGAGGCGUCCGUCGAGUCUUUGAUUUCUCGGGUGGCGCACCUGAAGAAUUCUCUGCAGAGUUUCAUCUACAAGUUGGAGAAUGAAUAUGACCGGCUGACGUGGCCAUCAGUCCUGGAUAACUUUGCCCUUUUGUCGGGGCAGCUGAAUACUGUUAACAAACUGUUACGCAACGAGAAGACUCCGUCCUACCGCAACCAGGUGAUCAUUCCGUUGUUAUUGUCCCCAGACCGGGAUGAAGAGUUGGCCAAACUUACGGAACAGAGGGUGCCCGUGUUCAGUCAUGAAAUUGUUCCCGAUCACCUCAGGACAAAACCCGACCCGGAGGUUGAGGAGCAGGAAAAACAACUGAGCUCCGAGGCCACCCGGAUCGGCCCCGACGUGGCUCAAAAACAGAUCCAGGCGCUGAAUAAACUGUGCUCAAGCCUUCUGGAGAAGCUCAACAACCCUCGAGAUGAUCGUGACGCUGAAACUGCAGCUAUGCGUCAAAACAAGCCGUCGUUCAACCCGGCCGACACCAACGCCUUGGUAGCGGCUGUUGGGUUCGGGAAGGGGCUGUCCAAAUGCAGGCCCCCGGGCCCCGUGGCCCAGGGGCACCCGGGACAGCCCAUGAUGACGGGAGGACCCACCCUGCAGCAGGUCACCAUUUCUGGCACCUCUGGGCACCAGGCGGGCAUGGGGGCAUCAGUGACACAACAGCCCGGGCAACCUGGGAAAAUACCGAGCAGCAUUAAGACGAACAUCAAGUCGGCCUCUGCUUCCCUGCACCCUUACAAUCGGUGAGGCCACUUCCCCUGGUGGACACCGGAGUCCCUCUACUGUCUGGGACAUGCAGAGUCCAGCAUGGUUUGCUCUAAUCCAUACUGACCCGGGCAACAAGCAGAGGGGCGAGCGUUUGGUCACUUGAACACAAACUGUGCUGCACUCGGAGGGUCCAGGGCCACUGCUCGGUGGGUGUUCUUGUUUUGUUCAUUUGUUUUGCUCAUGUUUUUGUUUGCUCCUUCAAUAAACCGUUUUGUUCUAAAU